AUGCCCUUGGUUCUACGCUCCCUUACAUCACCCGAUCUUGAUGCACCGAAUGAGGCGUCUGAGGUCUACGGCGGGAUUCAGAGGAUGAUCUACCAUCUCUACCGCCUUGCGAACAUUAUCAGAAGCUCCACUCAAAUAGACCGUUUCGCAAGAGCGGCGAGCAUCGAUGUGUCCCCAUUUAGGUCGUAUGACGAACAGCAUGUCAAAACCGUCUUCCCAUCCACCGCACUUUAUCUAAGGAAUCGGCUGCUUGCGGCCAAUACUCGCAGGCGACAACUCCUACGCUACAAUGCUGAGCAUCAGGCAAGAUUGGCUGGGGGGCAAGAUGCAGAGGUAGACCAAGCCGUAUCCACAGAAGAGGAGCCUAGUCUACUACCGCCGAGCACUGAGGCGACCGAAUUCAAGAUGCGUCCGGGUGAUGAGGCAGACUUGGACUCGAGCGAUACCCAGUCCGUGGCAAAAACCAUAUCUUCAAUUGCCUUCUCCGAAACGACUAGGGAGACCAUUCGCCUGCCGGUUCGUCCCCUCGAUCAGGACGGGAACCCUUCGACCGAUUUCCAGUGCCCAAUUUGCUGUGUUAUUGUCCAUGUACCCAACAAUUCAGCUUGGAUAAAACAUGUGUUCCGGGACCUGGGAGCAUAUAUCUGCACCUUCGAGAAGUGCCCCAUGUCUAGCCAGAUGUUUGAGUCGAGAACAAGUUGGUUCAACCAUGAAAUAGACCUUCACCGCAAGCAGUGGCAAUGCAAUACCACCGGCCACCUGACAUACAGCGAUGAGUCUGCCUUCAGACGCCAUUUGGCAGAGCAGCACAAUGACUGGAUAUCGGGCUCGCAUUCUCAGAGCAUCAUCAACUCUUGCGAGCAGCGGCGAAUUCCCAAGUGCACAGAAUGCCCCUUUUGCAGAGUUCCGCGGCAAACCUCGGACAACACAAACAGUCGCGACGACAUUGGAGAUCCGAAAAUGAUCCCAGCUGCAAAAUUGAAACAACACUUGGCACAGCAUAUGGAGCGCCUUGCCCUAUUCACUCUUCCUCGCACCUGCUUCGACCCAGACGAUGAAGAGUCGUGUGCGAGCGCAAUGCCCAUAGCGGGAUCGGAUGGGUCUGGAAGUAAUCUUAGCGAAAUUCUUGGAAGUAUUGCUUUCUCAUCGGAUGGCAAUCAAGAAGACGCCAAGGAGACUUCCUCGGACACCGGCGCGAAGAAAGCAGCCACCACCGAAGAGGCUCAGGCUACAACCGAGACCCAAUCCAAGGCUGAGACUGGGAGAAGAAACUUACCUAUUUUAGUGUCACGCCGUGCUAAAUGGCCCGACGCCAAGUCCUCUUGCGGGCAUGAAAUCCAGACGAAAGAAAUUGGAUGGGGACGAGCAUGGCUGGCGCAAGGUCCCGCUAUCGAAAAUUUCCAUCGAGAUAUCCAGCCACAGGUCGAGACUAUCCUUAGUAAUGUCGAUCUUCAGAACGCCGAUAUAUUUAUUCGUGUAUACAUGAUCGGGAAGAGCGAAGAGACCUCGUCCCCGACACUGUUUGUCUGCUGCACCAACCUGUCAGUGGCCCAGCGGGUCAUGGAAUCGCUACGCAACAGCCCAGUGAUUGGCAACUAUGCAUUUACCGUCGUAUCAAACAAAUUCCCGCUGGAACAACCAGAGCCGAUCAAGCGCCUCUGA